AUGCGGGACGAGGAGCCCCCCCUGCCACCUGCGACGCCUUCCCCCGCACGUAGCGGGCCCUCGCGUCUUCGUCGUACUCUACACACGUUCCAGACGCCGUUCCGCUCCGGUUCGCCCUUCCACAUCGGUUUGAUCAAGCGCACCGGCUCCUCUAAGUCCGUCGCCUCAGACAGUGAGAUCACGCGCGACGAACGCACGAUGCGUAAACGUAAUAAAAAACAACGAGAGGCCGCUGCCGCCGUUAGCGAUGCCUCUCGCAGUACGGACAGCUCACCCAGCAUCGAUAAGAAGAAAAAAGAGGGCGGCAGUUUUAUUCGCAGAAUGGGCAGUAUCGGUAAGAAACGUGAGACCGGCCAAACGUCUUUAACGUCGCAGUCUCAGACUCAAGCAGGGCCUGCGAAUGCAGACAACCCUCCGAAUCCAACCCAGGACAAUAUUACAUCCGAGCCGAUAAUUAACAAAGCGGUGGCUCCCGAAUCGGCAACCCCUAAACCGGAAACUCCUGAACCGGCAACUUCCAAACCGGCAAUUUCCGACCCGGCAACUCCCGAACCAACGAUCCCCGAUCCUGUAAUUCCUGAACCGGUAAGUCCUAUCGCUGUUGAACACCCCGUCGCAACACGUCUAUUUACAAAAGCUGCGUGGAAACGCAAUACUGCAGUGGAAAUGGAAAAACCCGUUGAGGAGCCAAGCCCGGAGAAUGCGCUGCGGAGGCGCAUCGCGUUUGUUACGCAGGCAUCUGUUGCUCUGUCAGAGGAUCACGACGACGGAGAGAGGGGAGGCGCCAAGGUGGGGUCGCUGGAGGAGGCGGUGGCGUUGGCGCGCGAGAGGCUCGCGGUGCCCACACCACCCUCGCCGGCGCAGUCGUGCGACGACAACACGGAAGAGGAGGGGUACACUGAUGCGAUGCCGGCGUACGGGGACCUCAUCGAGUCCGUCGGCCACGGCACUUCGCACCGAGACGACCGUGUUGUACCCAGUACGUUACAUUUCACGAUAGUUUUCAGCGGACGUCACGCGACGAUGCCCUUCUCUAAUGCAUCUCCGAGCGCAGAGCGGAGGGAGCAUCUCUACAAGAUCCUGGUGAUCGGUGAGCUGGGGACUGGAAAGACGUCCAUUAUCAAACGAUAUGUGCACCAGUUCUUCAGUCAACACUACAGAGCGACCAUUGGUGUGGACUUUGCAUUAAAAGUGCUCAACUGGGACUCCAAUACGAUUAUACGGCUACAGCUAUGGGAUAUUGCAGGUCAAGAGCGCUUUGGCAACAUGACGAGGGUUUAUUACAAGGAGGCAGUGGGUGCGUUUAUAGUAUUCGACGUGUCCAGGGUGGCUACCUUCGACGCCGUGGUGAAGUGGAAGAAUGACCUCGAUGCGAAGGUGCAGUUGCCCGAUGGGUCGGCGAUACCGUGUAUUUUGUUGGCCAAUAAGUGUGAUCAACAAAAGGAAGGUAUCGUGAACUCUCCUGCCAAGAUGGACGAGUACUGUCGUGAGAAAGGGUUCGCGGGCUGGUUCGAGACAUCUGCCAAAGAGAAUAUUAACAUUGAGGAGGCAGCACGCUCACUAGUUAAUAAGAUACUUCUUAACGACAAACUUCUUCAGAGCAACGACAAGGAUGGCGAAAAGUUUGCUCUUGAACACAAGAUAGCAAACGGAGAAAACUCAAGGGACGGUGUCCAGAAGUCCUGUUCGUGCUGA